UUUUUUUUUCUCUGCUUCCUGUCUUCGGUCGUUCGGCUGUGAAACAAAAAACCAAUUCCCACUGUAGCGUAGAACGGGUGGCAAAGCUCAAGAUUGACUUCCCUCUGUUUCUACAACUCACUACUACUCGUUACUGUAGUCCUAUACACAUAUUACUCGGUAACUGCUAACGCUUACCAACGCUCCCCGCUAGUACUGCUCUUGCAUCCAGCAGCAGUAUAUCCUGGAGCAGUACCUACCACUUCAAACAUCCUUCAUCUCUCGCUCACACCACAUAACGAAAUGCUACGAACAGUCUCGCGCUCCGUCGUGCGCCAGAGUCGAUCUCUGAGAAUAUCAGCUCAAGCACCAAAGCUCCUCCGACCGCUCUCUACCACUUCGUGUCGCAUGUCGAGCUCAACACUCAAACCCGUAGAUCCUCCCGUCUCCGCCGCUCUCCCCGGUGACUCGUUCCAACUCCUCCCAGAAGCCUCCAAGGCUGGACAGGCAGAAGAUGCCCUCUUCGAGGAGCAGGUACAGCAAGUGAAGGAUUGGUGGGCUUCGCCUCGGUACAAGGAUAUUAAAAGGCCAUACUCUCCAGAGGAUGUUGUUAGCAAGCGCGGAGCUCUUCAGCAAACAUACCCGAGCUCAUUGAUGGCCCGGAAACUCUUCAAUCUUCUCGAGGAGCGCGCAUCCAAGGGCGAGCCAGUACAUACCAUGGGUGCAAUUGACCCCGUACAAAUGACACAACAAGCUCCAAAUCAGGAAGUUCUCUAUAUUUCUGGAUGGGCAUGCUCAUCAGUUUUGACCACCACAAACGAAGUCUCCGCCGACUUUGGUGACUACCCCUACAACACGGUGCCAAACCAAGUGCAGCGUCUCUUCAAGGCACAACAAUUGCACGAUCGCAAGAACUGGGAUAACCGAAGGAAGUUGAGUGCGGAGGAACGUGCGAAAACCCCAUACUUGGAUUACAUGCGACCUAUCAUUGCUGAUGGUGACACUGGGCACGGUGGUCUUUCCGCUGUUAUCAAAUUGGCGAAGCUCUUCGCCGAGAAUGGUGCGGCUGCAGUGCACUUCGAGGACCAACUGCACGGUGGCAAGAAGUGCGGACAUCUUGCAGGAAAAGUCUUGGUACCAGUCGGCGAUCACAUCAACCGUCUCGUCGCUGCAAGAUUUCAGUGGGACGUGAUGGGCUGUGAAAAUUUGGUUAUUGCUCGCACUGACUCUGAGAGUGGCAAGCUCAUAAGCAGUGCUGUUGACGUUCGGGAUCAUGAAUUCAUCAAGGGCGUUACGGAAGAGUCUGAGCCGCUCGCAGAGACACUGCAGAAUAUGGAGGCAGCAGGCGCCCCAGGCAAAGAGAUUGACCAAUACGAAGCCGCAUGGGUCAAGAAGCACAAACUCGUCACUUUUGAUGAAGCCGUGGUCCAACAUCUCAAGAAAGAAGGCGCAUCACAGUCGACCAUCGAAUCGUACCUCAAGGAAUCUGCAGAGAACCCGAACUUCUCGCUGCUCAAGCGCCGCCAGACUGCUGCGAAAUACACCAAGUCGCCUGUCUACUUCAACUGGGACAUUCCAAGAACUCGCGAGGGGUUCUACCAUUACAAUGCCGGUAUUGCAGCAGCCACGAAGCGUGCGAAAGAAUUCGCUCCUUUCGCCGAUCUGCUGUGGGUUGAGACUGCGGAUCCCAACGUCGAGAAGGCAGCUAGCUUUGCUGGCGAAAUCAGGAAGGUUCAACCUAACAAGAAAUUCGUCUACAACUUGAGCCCAAGCUUCAACUGGAUGGGACAGGGCUUUUCUGAAGAGUCUUUGAAGAACUUUGUCUGGGAUCUGGCGAAACAUGGAUUCGUACUCCAACUCAUUUCGCUCGCCGGACUUCAUUCAACAGCUACUAUCACUUGCGAAUUAUCCCGCGCCUUCAAGGACCAAGGCAUGCUCGCCUACGUGAACCUUGUGCAGGCUCGCGAGAAGGAAAUCGGAUGUGACGUGCUCACUCACCAGAAAUGGAGUGGAGCAGGCUAUAUUGAUGGUAUCCUCGGAUCGAUACAGAGCGGUAGCUCCGGCAGCAAGAGUAUGGGCGAGGGAAAUACUGAAGCAGGCUUCUAGAAUUCAUACCUAAAUAGACCCAUAAAAUGGAGUUGUUUGUAUAUACCUUUAGCUCUCUAGAUACUUGUUGAAAGGAAUCAGACACCUUAGUUUAUUCAAUGAUGGCAUCUACCUGCAAUGUAUGACAUUUCAGAAAUGAUUUAUUUACUUGUCCAAGCCUACUACAAUACACUGGCGGACUUCAAGAAUCAUUUUGCGAUGCUGUGGAUACAGGUAUUUUUGGUAUGGAGACAGAACGGGGUAACUGGAGACCGACAAGGCUGGCACUAAGGAAUGAAUAGUAAUCUGUUCUGCC